GGGCCGGCGGGCCCGCCCCGGCGCUGAUGUCAGCGCGGCUGCCCCGCCCGCCGCCGCAGUGACAGCGACAGCUCCGCCCGGGCACAGUCGGGCCCAGCCCAGCCGAGCCGCGCAGCCGGACCGGGAGCGGCGCGGGCGGGCCGAUCAUGGCCGACGACUUCGGCUUCUUUUCCUCAUCUGAGGGCGCUGGCGCCGAGGAGGAUCCGGCCGCCGCCUUUCUGGCCCAGCAGGAGAGCGAGAUCGCGGGCAUCGAGAACGAUGAGGGCUUCGGGCCGACCGACGGCGAGGCGGCCGCCGCCCCGGGCGGGCAGGCGGCCCCGCCGGAACAGGCAGGUUUCCAGAAUGGAGGAGCCACUGUCAAUGGAGAUGUCUUUCAGGAGUCCAACGGCCCCACGGAUGCCUACGCAGCCAUAGCCAAGGCUGACCGGCUGACCCAGGAACCUGAGAGCAUCCGCAAGUGGAGGGAGGAACAGAAGAAGCGCCUGGAGGAGCUGGAUGCGGCAUCGAAGGUGACUGAGCAGGAAUGGCGUGAGAAGGCCAAGAAGGACCUGGAGGAGUGGAACCUGCGUCAGAAUGAGCAGAUGGAGAAGAACCGAGCAAACAACAGGAUCGCUGACAAAGCCUUUUACCAGCAGCCGGACGCCGAUGUCAUUGGCUACGUGGCCUCGGAGGAAGCAUUCCUGAAGGAGUCCAAGGAGGAGACCCCAGGCUCUGAGUGGGAGAAGGUGGCCCAGCUGUGUGAUUUCAACCCCAAGAGCAGCAAGCAGAGCAAGGAUGUCUCGCGGAUGCGCUCGGUGCUCAUCUCCCUCAAACAGACGCCCCUGUCCCGUUAGCUGUGCCUGGCACAGCUGGGAGCACAGUGGGCACGGCUGGGCUCACUGAGCCAGGUGGCUUCAGGGGCCGGCCCAGGAAGGGCCUCCCACUGCCUGCUCCGUGAUCUGCCUCGGCUGUGCUCGAGUCACUGGUUGUAUAACUCUCCCCAUGGUUUUCCUUUGCUUAAAAGGUGCAUUGGUCUCUUUUUACACUUAUUUAUAAAUCACUGUGGCAUUUCCCCGGGAAGCGGCACUGGGUGGCAGAGCUGAGUUAGUGGGGAAGCCCCAGCCCAGGCUCUUCAGGAGGUUAUGUCUGAGGGCCUGGCUAAAUGAGCAGGGAAUAUCCCAUCCUGUGUUCCCCACUUCAACCCUGUGCUGGCAAUAAACCUGCCUGCAGCUGUCCUGGCAGCCCCAUGUCCAGGCUUCAGUCCUAGCCCUGAGGCAGGGAUCCCAAUGGGAUCUUGGGCUGUUGUCUGCCUUUUCCAUGGGAUUUAGAGCACAGCUGGAGCAGGGUUGAGAGGGUGGAGAAACAGCCCUGGCUUGUCUCCACACUUCUGGGUCCUGCAGGGAGCAUGGCUGCAGCAUGGCAUUGCCAGACUGGCAGGGACUGAGCAAUGUAAGUACAGGUGCCCAGGUUGGCCUGGACUGCCAGUGGCUGCCCCAAGCCCAUCAGAACUCUGCCCAGCGUUGCUAUGCCCCAAAAAGUUGGUGCAGCUCCAGUGUCCAUGUCCCAUCCAUCUUGCAGCACUGGCAGCACAGUGGUGUGGGCCACUGGGAAGGGACUGUGGAUGUUUCCUGUCCUUCCCCCAUGAACACCAGCAGUUGGGAAUGUGGGAGUCCAGACUUUGGGGGACCUUUGGCUUUGCUCUGUUCCUUCCGUUGCUACCAGAAUGGGAGAUGGAGGCUGUGUAGUUGCAGGGAAGGAGGUAGGAAGGUCCAGCUGCUGUGGGGCUGGUCAAAGCCCCAUCUUCCUAACCCAGGGGUCCAGAGCUGGGUUGGGCAGAGUUCUGGUACUGGAGCUUAUACUGGCCCUGAGAACAACCUGCACAUCUGUCUGCAGUUGCUCUGCCCCCUGGAUUUGCCCACCUAAGGCAGUGUGGGGAGAUGCCUCAGUCCUGCUCCCUGCUCGAACUUUUACUCCUCUGCUUGGCAGGGAUGGCACCAGUCCUGGGAACCUGCAAAACUCCUGGGUAGCAGGAGAGGGACAGCCUUGAGCUGGUGCUCUGGGUCUGGCCUGUUGAGGGCUUGGGAACGGUUUGCAGCAGCUUGGAGGGACAUAGAGCAGAGCUCACAAAACAUUCACCUGAGCCCCUCUGCAGAGCCCUGCUCAGCAGGAAAUCAAGUGUGCAGAGCUCUCCUGCCCUGCACCUGUGGCUCCAGGGCCAGAAUAUCACCAGUCCUGCUGCUGCAGCUGUGGGGGUGCCUGGGCACCCAUGGCUCUGGGGCAUGAUCUCACCAGUGGGCUGGGAAGGUAAAUGGGUGUGUAGGGAAUCACUUGCUGUUGUGUGUUGGGACUGUGCCCCCUGCCCAUAGGGCUGAUCGUCCCUGCCUGGCCCCCUGAGCUCCAGCAUGCGUAGGCAGCUCUGCUGUGCUGCAGGGCACCUGGGGACUCGGCUGCCUGCCUCAGCCUUGCAUUGCAGAGCAGCAGGAAGCACCCCUGGCUACUUGUGGGUGGGCAAUGUGCCCCCCUUGUGCUGUGUCCCUCCAGCCCCUGCAGGCAGCUGGGCCCCUGGGUGCCCCAGCUGCCAUGUGCUCCGUGUCAGGCCGGGGCAACUCUCGGGGAGCCGUGCCCACAGCUGUUCUACAUCCCCUCGGCUUUGGUAUCUGUGACUGUCCAAAUUACCUGUUACAAUAAACCAACAUCUCCAAUCCUA